AUGGCGGUGGAUCCAGCCUUGACCCACCCACUUAUUGCCUAUUUUGCCCGAGCCUGCCGAUACCCCAAAAUCGGAGUGUUCUCCGUACGAUCUGUGAUGGAGAACCCUCCCCAGGAACCCACUAAAGUAGUUUCCUAUGAGGGACGACGCUACCGCAUCAUCAUUGGCUCUUGCAAUGGAUUGCUGUGCUUGCACGAUGAAGAGCGCGGCGAGGAUGGAUUCAUAAUAAGCCAUCGUGCCAUGCUGUGGAACCCCUGCACCGGAUUCACUUCUCAGCCGCUUGAAAUUGCAGGUGUCCUCUCCAUUUGCGGAUUCGGUUAUGAUCAUGUCAAUGACAAGUAUAAGCUCUUGGCUGUUGUGAGAAAGAAAUCAGGCGAACCCGUCACCACCAGAAUGUUUACAUUCGGCCCAAAUUCUACCUGGAGAACAAUCCAGGAUUUCCCCCAUAAUUAUUUUGACUUUCAUUCCGGGGAAUAUCUGGAGCGUCUUGCAGGGCUUUAUUUAAGUGGCACUGGCACUCUUAAUUGGCUUCUUUACAGCUAUAGUAGUUUUGUGAAGGUUAUUUCCCUUGACUUGGUCAAAGAGACUUAUAGUCAGUUUUCCCUUCCCAGCAGGGAUUCACAUGAUAAUCUCUUGAUGGAACCCAAAUUGGGUAUCUUGAGGGAUUGUCUUGCUGUUUGUUAUGAGACUAAGAAAACUCAUUGGACUGUCUGGUUCAUGAAGGACUAUGGAGUUCCUCAGUCUUGGACUAAAUUGACCACAAUCCCCCACCACCCGCUACUCGUUCAUAGUCCCUCAUGCGUUGCAUUACAGCCUAUAUACAUGUUGAAAGAUGUUCUCCUUGCAGUUGCUCUGAGUGGCAAGUUUGUUUUAUGUAACUUAAAAGAUGGCAGCAUAGAUCUUCCUAAUAUUAACAGCUCCAGUGAUGGCAUGCCCAGACUUCUUCCUUUAACUCAGCACGCAUGUACAAGGGUCUUUCAACUCUAUCAUGAAAGCUUAGUUUCACCCUCGCACUUUGGUCUUCCAAGUUGCUCAUCUGAGAUGCGGUUAAUUAAGCCAAGCCUAUAA